GCCACUCGAUUGUCAAAAUGUGCGAACAACCCGAAUACGAUGCAGUGUUUGCUGAUGAUUUUGUGUAUUAUUUGUAUGACCGCAACUUCAGAAACUAUCGAGGAAGAACGAGUAAAGGAGUUGGUACGAGACUGGGCACCUCUGGUAUGGCUUGCACCUGGUGAGCUGUUUCUACCCCUUGGGGUACCCGAGUUUCUCGACAACAUGCAGUCGGACGACGAUUACCUUCGCACCAGAAUCGACGUAGAGAUACUGCUGAGGAACCGAUCCUCGUUCUUGUACGGCAAAAAGCCAGCGGGCACGGUGCCAGUUUAUGCUGUGAUCAAGAAUUGCGCCGCUUCGGACACUACCAUAAAUGUGAUCAAUCUAAAAACCAUCAGAGAUGAAAGAAAGUUGCGUAAAAAAAAAGAUGAAACAUCGAUAGUAUCAAGAAAUGCGCUUCAGACUGAUCCAGAUUUUGGAUCGUCAAUGAUCCUUACCAAUGAUGUACCAGGUACAAUUUGGAACGGUGCUACUAAAGCUGGUGCAGAGAAAGCUGGGGAUUUUGAGAUGAAUAAGAAAAAAGGGAACAGGUCCCGGAAGCUACACUUUCACGUGACCUAUUGGAUGUUCUAUCCGUUUAGCGAGGGAAAGGCAGUUUGCGUUCUGGAUCUCGGAUUUUUUGGUAGUUGGCCGAUACCAACUGUGGGCGGUAUGUGCUUUGGAAUGCUGAAGGAGUACGGGAACCACGUGGGCGAUUGGGAACACAUGAGCCUUUACUUUAAGGAUGCUAGUUACCCUUCAGCGAUGUACGUGUCCGCUCACGAUGCGGGAGCGUUCUACCGAUACGACCUACGAAGCGGUACUUUCGUAUAUGAGAGUCAAGAAACGAGAAAAGGCAUCUUCCAGAAGCCUAUAUUCCCUGAAAGAGUAUUCACUGCUGGUGGUUCUCAUCCGAUACUGUUCAGUGCGAGAGGAUCUCACGGGCUUUGGACAGCGCCAGGGAAGCAUAAGUUCGUCAGAUUACCGCGUCUUUACGAUGAGAGUGGUUUUGGAACCGCAUGGCCAACAUGGAAGAAGAUGGAAUUGCUGCUGAAAGAGGAUAACAGCAUCUUACCUAGCUGGAUGACUUUCAAGGGUAAAUGGGGUAAUCCUAAAAGCAAUUGUCAUCCUUUGGCCAGACUUGGUUUCAACAUCUGCGAAUUCGUUGACGGACCGACAGGUAUACCCAUGAAACGGUCGAGUUUUCGUUGCUGACGCUCAUUUCUUCUAUGUAUUUGUGUGAUGUUUUCAAAUGUAUUGACUGUGAACGCAAAAAUUGAAUAAUGUUAAUAGCUAAGAGACAUGUAAGUACAACGUUUAUGACUUUGCAUCAUUAGUACAACGUGUAAUGAAAUUUUAAGCUUGUUCAAAAUUAGUUGACCAAACUCAAUCAUCAAUUAAUUUUGAACAAAAAUACACGUGAUAAGGUUUAAUGAGAGAUUAUUGUUAAUAAUGGAAGAAACGCAGGACAUUUUACAUUGUUGAAGUUAUUUAUUUUAAUAGGUUGUGUCAGUUCAGCAAAGGAUUAGAAAACAGCGUCGUCAAUCGUAAAGUUCACUUUUGAUUAAUGAUAUCUUUCUCGUGAGAAGUUUAUACUCGAUGUAAAACGAUCAUAAAAUACAAUUUCGUUAUUACAGAUAGAUUAAUGAUAGACGCUCAAAGAUGUAAUAGACUUUGAUAUAGGCAUUGCGUGAUACGUUCUCGUUUAAGAAGAAACAGUAGGCAAAUGCGGUAUUUAGCGAUUACUUGUUAAUUACAUAUCUCGAUGUGAUCCUUUAAGAAGGCUGAUUAAAAGAACACUUAAAUUCUCACGUCGAGUUCGUCGUUGUAAGAUCGUCGACGCGAGAGAAGAUACGGAGUCUUGCAGUUGUCUUGUAGGCCUGUGAAAUCAGGCCGAAAGCAGCAUUUUACUGAACAUUGCAUAUUUCGAAAGUUACAUCGUGCAUUUAAGUUAAGAUUAUUUCUAUUAACAGGUGCACAUACGAUCUCUUAUAACUAAAAACAACGAUCACGAAUCAUUGCUAAUUGACUGCAACGAUCACGAAUCAUUGCAAAAAUCCGGCUAAUCGCACGAUUUAAGUUCGAAAUAAGGAACGUUCUCGUGAUUUGCGUUUAUUCCCUGCUAUUGUGUUUUAUCCGAAAUCGUUCUUGAUUUUCCACUCCUCACCUGUGAAAAGAAACAUUCCAGUAACAAUAUUGUUAUCAACGAGAUCUACUCCGAGACCUCAUCCAUGUUUGCUUUGUCCACUCCAACGUUGUGUAUUCCAUUCCUCAGCAGCGGUGUACCCUUGUCUUUUCCUAAAACGCGGGCGUUCAACUGAAUCUGCAACGGGGUUCCUUCCUUGCAACACAUUACCUGCACUUCCUGCUUUAAAAUUUUUUCCUUAUAUGCUAGCAGCUCUAUUUUUAACCUGUUACAGAAAAAAAGAGCUUUUUGAGAUUCUUAUUUUACCAACUGUACAAACUAUGAAAAUAGUGUUUAAUAUUUUUAAUAGAUUUAUAAAAAAAAAAAAUAAAAAAA